AAAUUUACAAGUUUGAUGUUAGUUUAUGAAUUCACGAUGUUAAAUGUUGAAUAGUUAGCAGAGACAAAGUGUUGUACGAUUGUUUGUUAUAUAAUCUCUGAAUCAUGCUAUAUAGUUAAUAUUAUUGUAAUUUAAAAGAAAUCUUAAACCACAUGUAGAUUUGAACUUGAACUUUAUGACUGAUUAAAGUAAAAACUCUCUUUCAACCAUUGACAACCAUUUUUACUAUCAUAAAAUCUUCUCAUUCAAUCAGUUAUAAAUCAAUAUAAAGACUUACAUAAGUGUGUAUUAGUUUUUAUUUACAACAAUUCACAUUGACGAAGUGAUUGCAAUAGGGUACAAGUUGAAAAUGAACAAGAUGAGAAAUAAAUUAAUCGAAACUAUGUCGACACCAAAUCAAAUCCAACAUAUAAGAAAUACAAUUCAGUGUAUGACAGAUUAGAGUGAAAGUUAAAGGAGUUCAACCAUGUCAAAUGUGAGGGACAGAUAUCCGUCAACGGUGUUGGAAUUCGACUGCGUAACGUUGCAACUUGACUCAAGUUAGAAACGUAAAGUAAUAGAUGCCGUUGACUUACCAAUCGCGAAAUUUUAAGUUACUUGUUUCAAUUCCCUAUGGGUUGUGAAAGUGCACUACUGAGUGGUCCAAACUAAAACGAAACAGCUAUCCGGUGUUUCUUUAUCUUCAAUAGUUGUUUAACUAAAGUAAAUCCUUGCUACAAACUAUGAACAAGAUCGAUGAAUAAUAAACUACUAACUGUUUAGAUAGAACCGACAAACGUAAAUAUGUGGAAGAUCUAGCAAAGACGGCGGAAAAGGCUGCAAGAGAAGGGAACAUGAGACAACUGUAUGACAUAACAAAGAAACUCUCUGGAAAUCGCCGCAAACCAGAACGACCAGUGAAAAGUAAGGAAGGCGAGGUAAUCACCAACAUUGAAGAGCAACGAAACAGGUGGAUAGAACACUUCAAAGAACUCUUGAAUCGAUCAGCCCCACUGAACACACCCAACAUCGAAGCAGCACCCACGGACAUCCCAAUCAAUGUUGGCCCACCAACAAUUGAAGAAAUCAGCAUGUCCAUCAGACAAAUCAAGAAUGGCAAGGCAGCAGGACCAGACAACAUUCCAGCAGAGGCACUAAAAGCAGACGUAGCGGCAACUGCAAGGAUACUCCACAUUCUCUUCAAUAAGAUUUGGGAUGAGGAACAAGUACCAAAAGACUGGAAAGAAGGACUCCUGAUCAAAAUACCGAAGAAAGGCGAUCUCAGCAAGUGUGAUAACUAUAGGGGCAUCACUCUUCUCUCAAUACCGGGAAAAGUCUUCAACAGAGUAUUGUUAAACAGGAUGAAGGACUGCUUAGACACCCAACUUCGUGACCAACAGGCAGGAUUCCGUAAGGAUAGAUCGUGUACAGAUCAAAUCGCAACUCUACGGAUCGUUAUGGAACAAUCAAUUGAAUGGAAUUCAUCACUCUACAUCAACUUCAUUCACUACGAAAAAGCAUUUGACAGUGUGGACAGGACAACACUAUGGAAACUUCUUCGGCACUACGGCGUGCCUCAGAAGAUAGUCAAUAUCAUACAGAGUUCCUAUGAUGGAUUAAACUGCAAAAUCGUGCAUGGAGGACAGUUGACAAAGUCGUUCGAAAUAAAGACCGGUGUCAGGCAAGGUUGCUUACUCUCAUUCUUUCUCUUUCUCCUGGUGAUCGACUGGAUCAUGAAGACGUCAACAUCUGAAGGGAAACACGGGAUACAAUGGACAUCUAGGAUGCAGUUGGACGAUCUAGACUUUGCAGAUGAUCUGGCCCUUCUAUCCCAAACGCAACAACAAAUGCAGGAGAAGAUGAACAGUGUGGCAGCAGCCUCAGCAACAGUAGGUCUCAAUAUACACAAAGAGAAAAACAAGAUUCUCCGAUACAACACAGAAUGCACCAAUCCAAUCAUAAUUGACGGAGAAGAUUUGGAAGAUGUAAAAACCUUUACAUAUUUGGGCAGCAUCAUUGAUGAACACGGUGGAUCUGAUGCAGAUGUGAAGGCGCGGAUCGGUAAAGCAAGAACAGCAUAUUUACAACUGAGGAACGUCUGGAACUCAAAGCAACUGUCAAUCAACACCAAGAUCAGGAUUUUCAAUACAAAUGUCAAGACAGUUCUACUGUAUGGGGCGGAAACCUGGAGAACUACGAAAGCAAUCAUUCAGAAAAUACAGGUGUUUAUUAACAAUUGUCUACGCAAAAUACUUCAGAUCCAUUGGCCAGACACUAUUAGCAAAAACCAACUGUGGGAGAGAACAAAGCAGAUUCCAGCAGAGGAAGAAAUCAGGAAGAAGCGCUGGAAGUGGAUAGGACACACAUUGAGGAAAGCACCCAACUGCGUCACAAGACAAGCCCUCACAUGGAAUCCUUAAGGCCAAAGGAGGAGAGGAAGACCAAAGAACACAUUACACCGGGAAAUGGAAAUAGACAUGAGAAAAAUGAACAAGAAUUGGAUGGAAGUAGAAAAGAAGGUCCAUGACAGAGUGGGUUGUGGAAUGCUGGUCGGCGGCCUAUGCUCCAUUGGGAGUAACAGGCGUAAGUAAGUAAGUAAGUAAAGUAACUGCUUAGAUAAUUAUCCAUCUACAUUUCACUUAGCAAUCUUUUCUCUUGGUUAGUAACUAAACGUCGAUUGUUUUGUUUGAAUUAACAUAAAUUCUAGAUAAAACAACACCUAAUGAUCAUUUGUAUCUAACCAUUUUCUUUUCAAAGAAUAUAUUACGUUAAUCAGAAGAAAUCGCUAAGAAUUUUCACUUACAUUGAAUACAUUCUUGCAUAAUUCAAUUAGAAUUCCACAACCGCCUCAUAGUAUACUAUUCAUGUUUGUAGAAACUAAACCUAACAGAGUUGCUCGUAAGUUAAAC